CUUCCGGUGUCACGGAGUAUCUGGAGACGAAGCAAAAAGCGGGCAGACCAAUUUCUUCAUUGUUUUUUUCUAUCCUUGAAACUUCAAUUGAUGCAUGUACUUAGCUCCUAUAUUCAGCACAUCGUUGGUCGUCCAGCGGUUUGUAGAUCCAUAUGUGAGCACAGAGGCUCUCAUUCAUUGUGCGGCUCGGCGCGCGGCUCUUUGACUCGGGCCUGCUCUGGACUUUGCUACAUGCUAGCUACAUGCUACAUGCUAGUUAGCAGCUAACGGGCGAACACGUUUCUUUAUCUGCACACCAACACGCUUUAACUGGAACUAAGUACCACCCCGCUGAUCUCAGCUGGUUUGGGCUUUUCUUAAAACUGUGAGUAAGGUUUCAAAUAUUCGAAGGUUUUUUCCCCAGUUGAAAACCAAAAGGACCUGUUUUAAGUGCACACUUUGUUGCUAGCUGAGGCUAGUUAGCGCCAGCGGAGCAGAAAGAGCAGCAGCCUCGAGAUGUCGGAGUUUGACGAAUUUGAAAGACAGCUCUCCGAAAACAAACAAGCUGAACGGGACAAAGAGAACAGGCACCACCGGCGUUCCUCCUCCCGCAGCCGUAGCAGAGACCGGAAACGAAGAAGCAGAGACCGGGACAGACGCAGCCGGGACCGCAGAGGGGACAGCAAAGAGCGCAGACACAGACGCAGCUCACCAUCCAGCUUUCCUCAGGACAAUGCUGGAAGUCGCUCACCUCAUCGUGAGAAGAAAAAGAAGAUCAAGAAGUAUUGGGAUGUUCCACCUCCUGGUUUUGAACACAUUACACCCAUGCAGUACAAAGCCAUGCAGGCUGCGGGACAGAUUCCUGCUACUGCUCUCUUACCAACCAUGACUCCAGAUGGGCUGACCGUUGCCCCCACCCCUGUGCCAGUCGUUGGCAGCCAGAUGACAAGACAGGCCCGGCGUCUUUAUGUGGGCAACAUCCCUUUUGGCAUCACUGAGGAGUCUAUGAUGGACUUCUUCAAUGCCCAGAUGCGUCUCGGUGGUCUCACCCAGGCCCCUGGAAACCCAGUCCUUGCUGUACAGAUCAACCAAGACAAGAAUUUUGCCUUUCUUGAGUUCCGUUCGGUGGAUGAGACCACGCAGGCCAUGGCGUUUGAUGGCAUCAUCUUUCAAGGUCAGAGUCUGAAGAUUCGGCGUCCUCAUGACUACCAGCCGCUGCCAGGUGUUAGUGAAAACCCCAGUGUCUAUGUACCAGGUCUGGCAGGUGUUGUGUCAACAGUGGUUCCGGACUCAGCCCACAAGCUCUUCAUUGGUGGUUUGCCCAAUUAUCUGAAUGAUGACCAGGUGAAGGAGUUAUUGACUUCAUUUGGCCCACUAAAGGCCUUCAACCUUGUGAAGGACAGUGCCACUGGCCUUUCCAAGGGAUAUGCGUUUUGUGAAUAUGUUGACGUCAACCUUAAUGACCAGGCCAUUGCUGGGCUGAAUGGCAUGCAGCUGGGAGACAAGAAGCUCUUGGUGCAGAGAGCCAGUGUGGGCUCAAAGAACGCCAGUUUGACCACCAUAAACCAGACCCCCGUCACGCUGCAGGUCCCAGGCUUGAACAGCUCGGUGACGCAGAUGGGAGGUCUGCCCACGGAGGUGCUGUGUCUGAUGAACAUGGUGGCCCCCGAAGAGCUGAUCGACGACGAGGAGUACGAGGAGAUCGUGGAGGACGUCAGGGAUGAGUGCAGCAAGUAUGGCCAAGUCAAGAGCAUUGAGAUCCCUCGACCUGUGGAUGGCCUGGAAGUACCUGGGACCGGCAAGAUCUUUGUGGAGUUCACCUCAGUUUUCGACUCCCAGAAGGCCAUGCAGGGACUGACGGGAAGGAAGUUUGCCAACAGGGUGGUGGUGACCAAAUACUGCGAUCCAGACGCAUAUCACCGCCGAGACUUCUGGUAGAAGAGGCUCCAGAUGAGGGGAGGGAGGGGAGCACACUGCCCGUUUCCAAACACGCCCUUUUGAGCAAAUUUGAUAACAAAAUUUAAGGCUGUCAAUGAAUACAAGAAAUCCCGGAAAAGUAAAUUGAAGUUUUUGGAGCUGUAGGGGCAGGAGCGUCAGAUUUUUGCAGUGUGUGUGUGUAAUUCAGGGUGGGGGUCGAGAAUUUUUAUACUUUGGCACAGUGAUGUCAUUUGGGGUGGGAUAGGGUGCCACACUUACAGGUUUGUAUCACCACAGAGUUAGUCUGUUUUAUGUAUUUUAGUGUGAAGCAGUAACUGGACAGAGGCAACAAGAGGGAACAAAACGAGGGGUUACAUGAGGCAGAAAUGUGAGAGAAGGAAUUUUGUUUGGUCUUCAAAUGUAGAUACUGUAGCUGUAAUAUCCAUUUGCCAUUAUCACAAAAACAUGGGCUUUUUCUAUGUUUAAAUAAUUUCUUUGUUUCUUUGCUUUUGUCAGACUACUGUCCUCAGGCUGAUCGAUAAAAUGUUAAAUGUAAUUGGACUGAAUAUUUGAAUGUCAACUGUUACUUCAAUACUGUUUGUGGCAUCUCUGAUUAUUAGCGCCCUAUUUUUUCUCUAUUUUUUUCUAUUUCAGAGAAGCUUUUAACAUAUUAGGUUGUUAGUUUGUGUCUGCAGUUAAGCCCAAUGUAAAAUUUGAAAACCACAAUGUGGAAAAUCGAACGGUAAAAAGAUUGGUACAAAUAAGGUCGUCAUUACCUAAAGCCUUAAAGUUAUUUAACGAAAAAUUUCAAACAUAAAUUUAAAUCGCCCCUUUGUUAGUGAGAUUUGUACAUGCAGAGACGUCGAUAUGUUGUGCUUUACUCUACAUUAGGCUAAUUUUCAUUUUUCUAAUUUCUCAACCGAUCUGAUAUGUAAGAUGUGUUGAACCCAGUUGUUUCUUGUGCAGCGUCUCGCUUCUUUUACAAGACCAAAUAAACAUGUGACUAAUA